GAAGGCGCUCGGUCAAGCAUCCAUACCAGAUCACGAGUGGGAACGCCGUGCUCAACAACCCCUGCAAUCACUAGCCAGUGUAGAUCAGUUAAUUCUUGAUAUAUUGAUAACUUAUCAAAUAUAUCUUUUCAAACCUCCUCGCUUCUAUCUUUUGAUUUCAAUUGGUGGGUACGAUUCAUAUUAAGUGUUGCUGGUUAAGGCGUCAAACUCCGAAUACCUGUGGCAUCUUUGAUGAACCCGACGUGAUCUGGUACACCAAAUUAUAAACUGUGAGUCUGUUCCUUUUUGGAAUUCUGUAUAUUGUAGCUUUAUAUUAAUUUUUUAUAAGUUGUGAUAUUUUCCCCCGUGUUUUUGAUAUGUAUAUGUUUUUUCCCACUCGUUCAUUCUCGUACUUGAUAUUGCACCAUGACAGAACAGACACCCAAGUUACUUAAGCUAAAGACUACGUCCCUACCCUCGUUUCAACUAAUGCCAUUGUGGCCAGACAACAUCAAAGCCUGGUUCUGCUACGCAGAAGCAGACUUCUACGAGCACGGCGUGAACGACACACGUGCACAAUUCCUCGCAGUAAUCAAGGCACUACCGCGCGAAUUCAACAGGUACGUAACACCUAGCAUGUUUAGUAGUGAUGUUACGGAACCCUACGAAACACUGAAACGAUCUAUCCUUAAACACGGGGAAACAACCAAUCGACUAAGGUUAGACCAACUCCUUAAUAAUAUCGACCUUCAUGACGGCUCUGCGACAGACAUGUUGCUAAGAAUGAAAGAGGUUAUUGGCCAAAGAACUUACGACGAUGGCCGAUUCAGGCGACGGUUCUUAUCCAAACUUCCUCAACAGGUGCAAGCUGUGUUGAUCUUGUUUCAAAACAACACCGUAGAUGAGCUGGCUGCAUUUGCCGACCGCAUCUUAGAAAUCAGCAAAUCUUCUAACAUCGAGGAUUUUUCGGUCGAAGAAAAGCCUCAAGCGACCCAGAAUGACAUAAAAGAGUUAUGUCAUGCACUUACACGUUAUCUUAGAUUUCGUAACGACUGUAGACGGUCACACACUCCGCGAAGAAGCACUACACGUAGGCGAUCUGUCUCUAGAUCCCGAGAGACGAAUAACAUCGACUGGUGCUGGUAUCAUAACCAGUAUGGAAAGUCCUCCAGAAAUUGCAGGAAACCCUGCAAUUUUUUCAACUCAAAAUCGACUGGCACGAAAAACAAUUCGGGAAACUUCCAAGCCGGGACGCGUUAACGCCAACCGUAGACGGCGAUCAUAGCCGUCUGUUAUACGUCACAGACGUGAAAAUGAGAGUUCGCUAUCUCAUCGAUACUGGCACAGAAAACUGUUUUAGCAAGUUCUAACGGUUGGCUUCACGAAUCGGCGCAACCGAAACAGCCGUGUGUAACCAGCAAUGUUGCACAUCACGACUAUCGGGCCACAUAUAUUCUCGAAAGCGCACCGACUGGUUCCCGAAAGCUCAGGUUGGCUGAAAACGAACUCGAUCACAUGAUAGAGUUAGGAAUCGUUCAAAGUGCGUACAGAAUGCCAAAUCGAGGCCGAAUCUUUUACUGGGACACACCAUUGAUGCGCAAGGCAUCCUACCGCUUAAAAGCAAAGUGGCGGCCAUUCUGGAUUACCCAUAACCGACCACAGUCAAGCAACUACGCACGUUUAACGGCUUUGUAUGUUUUUAUAGAUGGUUCAUACCGAAAUGCGCAUCACUUAUAAAACCACUAACCGACCAACUUCGUGGAAAUGCAAAAUCCAUCUAUUUGGACGAUACCGCGCGAAAAGCAUUCUCCACAAUUAAGUAACUUAUCGCUAAAGCAACAAUGCUUGGACAUCGGGACACUCAAGCACCCAUUAAUAUCGCCGUAGACGCAUCUGACUCAGCAAUUGGAGGAGUCCUACAACAAUGGAAUAACCGCUCCUCACAACCUCUGACAUUUUUUCGAGACGGUUGCUAGACACUGAAUGGUGAUACAGCACAUCCUAUAGGGAACUCCUAGCUAUGUAUUGUGCUGUACGGCAUUUUCAACACUAUUGAAGGCUGAGAAUUCACCCUUCUUACUGAUUAAAAACCUCUUACCUUCUAUUUAAGCGCCUUUCCAGACAAGUACUCACCACGUGAGUCUCGACAACUGUACUACGUUUUGCAGUUUACUUCAGAUAUACGACACAGUUUUGGAGCAAACCCUACUAUGUGACACAUCUACAGGUAGGGAUCGUCCAAUCGUGCCGGAACAUUAUCGACGCAACGUCUUCAAUACGUUGCACAAACUUUCCCAUCCAGAUGUUCGUGCAACCAUUAAGCUUAUAGCAGAACGAUUUUGCUUGCGCUAUAUGAAUAAAGACGAAGGAGUGGGCAGGCUCCUGUGUAAGCUGCCAGAAAUCUAGAGUGGUUAGACACAACAAAUGUCCCUUAGGCUCUUUCGAAACUGCUGACGCUCGUCUCGACCAUGUUCAUCUGGAUUUGGUAGGACCCGCGCCUUCGUCGAACAUACACUUCUCAGUGGACUGAUGCUCUUCCACUCAUCUUACUAGGUAUUCGCAAUGCAGUGAAAGCUGACAUUGGAUUUACUGCAACUCAACUGGUUUAUCGAACGACACUUUGACUUCCAGGGGAAUUCGUGGAUCCUUCAUCUUCAAUGAACAUGGAUCUAACCUCCUUCACGAGCAGGCUUACAAACGCAAUGCAUUCAGUUAAACUUGUUUCCACUCGGCCGCAAUCAACUGAUGUUUUCGUUAGACCUGAGUUAUGAUAUAGUACACACGUCUUCGUACGUUGAAUCUCGCAUCGACGACCUUUCGAAUCAGCAUAGGAAGGACCUUUCAAAGUUCUUCAACGCGAACCUAAGUUCUAUAUAGUCGAUAAGAACGGAACCAACGAUACCAUCAGCAUCGAUCGUCUCAAAGCAGCGUAUUUAGAAGUAAAUCCUACGAAAUCGAUUUUCCUUCGGUACAAUCGAACAACACGAUUGCACGUAAGACACCAGUUAACAUUUUGCUUCAUCUCGAUUUUCCAUGGCAUUAUAUAUAAUAUUAAACAAAUCAAUUUAUAUAUGCUUAUAUUUAUAUAUAUUUAUUAUUUUGCUAAUAUAUUUAUUAAAAACCGAAAAUUUAUUUGUAAAAAUCCCGUUUUACGCUCUCACAUGUACAUGAGUUUAUUUUCCUUUUUUUCUCCCACUUUGUUUCUUAAAGCGCGUACGAGUUUAUUUUAGCAUGCACCUACAUUUUCUUUUUUCUUUUCCAGGACGGCUGGAAAGAACGAUGAGGUUUACGAGGAAUCGAAAAUGUUCAUUGUACAUUAUUUUUUUACUAUACUGUACUUCAUGGUCACUUAUAGUAAGGAAGGACGACCAGAUGCUGCCAAACCUAGCAAGCUAUCAGAAGAGUGUUUACCAACGACAAACUCGUUGGGUUUAAACUUCUGGCUGGCCACGUCCUAGGGUCAUCACUACCCCAGUAUGGGGGAGCGAUCUGUAGCGGUAAAUAAAUCCCCAAAAUAAAUAGCUCUGCGAGUCUUCGACAUUCGAUGCUGACUACAUUAGUUUUAAUGGACUCACCUAGCUGAAGGCGCUCGGUCAAGCAUCCAUACCAGAUCACGAGUGGGAACGCCGUGCUCAACAACCCCUGCAAUCACUAGCCAGUGUAGAUCAGUUAAUUCUUGAUAUAUUGAUAACUUAUCAAAUAUAUCUUUUCAAACCUCCUCGCUUCUAUCUUUUGAUUUCAAUUGGUGGGUACGAUUCAUAUUAAGUGUUGCUGGUUAAGGCGUCAAACUCCGAAUACCUGUGGCAUCUUUGAUGAACCCGACGUGAUCUGGUACACCAAAUUAUAAACUGACGGCUGGAAAGAACGAUGAGGUUUACGAGGAAUCGAAAAUGUUCAUUGUACAUUAUUUUUUUACUAUACUGUACUUCAUGGUCACUUAUAGUAAGGAAGGACGACCAGAUGCUGCCAAACCUAGCAAGCUAUCAGAAGAGUGUUUACCAACGACAAACUCGUUGGGUUUAAACUUCUGGCUGGCCACGUCCUAGGGUCAUCACUACCCCAGUAUGGGGGAGCGAUCUGUAGCGGUAAAUAAAUCCCCAAAAUAAAUAGCUCUGCGAGUCUUCGACAUUCGAUGCUGACUACAUUAGUUUUAAUGGACUCACCUAGCUGAAGGCGCUCGGUCAAGCAUCCAUACCAGAUCACGAGUGGGAACGCCGUGCUCAACAACCCCUGCAAUCACUAGCCAGUGUAGAUCAGUUAAUUCUUGAUAUAUUGAUAACUUAUCAAAUAUAUCUUUUCAAACCUC